CUCCAGAGAGUCCAUUGCCAUUGCGACGUCGUCCACGCCCCAUGGGUCCGAAACACUCAUAAUAUCAUCGCAAAAUUAUGCUACAACCGCGGGCGUGCCAUUUUCGGCCUUCCCGCCUUGGGAACGCCCUCCUCGCCUUCCGAACAUAUGCCACAGCAGUCGACCAUGUCCCUCCACCAGCAUUUGAACCCGCUGUCGCCGUCGCUGUCGAAAAUGCCCAAUUGCUCUCUUCUCAAGGCUCAAGAAGAGAUCAAUUCAUUCCGCUAAGGACGUACAAGCCACGCACUCCUGGUCUACGUCAUUUGAAACGCCCCGUUAACGAUCAUUUGUGGAAAGGCGGUCCCUAUCGACCAUUGACAAUUGCGAAGAAGGGACAGCAUCUGGGUGGACGAAACAGUAGUGGCCAGGUCACAGUUAGACAUCGUGGAGGAGGCCACAAGAGGAGGGUCAGGAUAGUCGAUUACAAGCGUUACCUGCCUGGCAAGCACAUUGUCGAAAGAAUCGAAUAUGACCCCAACCGAAGUGCCCAUCUGGCGCUCCUCACCCGAGUCGAAACUGGCGAAAGAUCAUACAUCAUUGCUGCGGAUGGUAUGAGGGCUGGUGACGAGAUUCAGAGCUACAGGACCGGCAUUCCAAAAGAGAUGGUUGACAGUAUGGGUGGUGUGCUUGAUCCCGGUAUGCUUGCCGCGAAGACUGCCAACCGUGGCAACUGCCUUCCCAUCCACAUGGUACCUUUAGGCACACAGGUGUACAAUGUUGGCUCUAAGACACAGGGUGGUGGCGUGUUCUGCCGAAGUGCAGGAACAUAUGCUCUUGUUGUUAGCAGAGAGGAGGUGGAGCAACCAAACAAGACGGUGGUCAAGAGCGUGGUCGUACGACUACAGAGUGGAGAAGUCCGAAGGGUUAGCCCAGAUGCGUGUUGCACCAUCGGAGUUGCGAGCAAUCCUCAGGCCCAUUUUGCAUCUCUUGGAAAGGCUGGACGUUCACGAUGGCUCGGAAGGCGACCGGAGGUUCGUGGUCUUGCAAUGAACGCCGCCGAUCAUCCUCACGGUGGUGGACGAGGUAAAUCAAAGGGUAACGUGCAUCCUGUCAGUCCUUGGGGCACACCGGCCAAAGGAGGUUACAAAACGAGACAUAAGAGGAACAAACACACUUUCCUCGUACAGGACCGCCCAAGGAACCAAGGCAAGCGGAAACCUAAAUAGUCCAUGGGUUCGGCAAAGGUUGAGUUGGGGGCAUCUUGUAUCUAUAGAAUCCUUCAUAUCUGGACGAUGUACAAUACCUCCGCAUUUACGGUAGCGCUAACAUCGCUGUUGGCAUGUUAUAAAUUCAUGUAUUCAACGAGAAAGCCAUGGGCCAUGGGUCCGCAUUGCCUUAUACCUGUACACCACACCACCCUUGGACCAGAUGCUAUCGACGUCCUCUUCUAAAUGCGAGUACUCCGUAUAAUGGAAGACAGAAGGAUUUAUGUUGCACGGGGUUCGCAGGCUAUGCAGCUCACCCGUGCAGU